GGUGCGGCCGCCUCCGGGCUCCGCCUGUCACCGCUCGGCCGCCGCCAUGGCGGGCAGCCCGCGGAGCCUGUACCGGCGGAUCCUGCUGCUGCACCGGGCGCUGCCGCCCGCCCUGCGGGAGCUGGGGGAUCGCUACGUCAAGGAGGAGUUCAGGAAGCACAAGGCCGCCGGGCCCGCCGAGGCCCAGCGCUUCCUGCGGGAAUGGGAGAACUAUGCAGCACUGAUACAACAACAAAUUAAUGAGGACAAACAAAACUUGAGGGAAAAGACUGUGUAUGGAAUCCAGCUCACAGAAGAAAAACUCAAUGACUUCCGUGAUGAACAGAUUGGGCAGCUGAAGGAACUGAUGGAUGAGGCUACCAAACCUAUUAAAAAAAUCACCAUUUCUGAAGACUCAGAACACAAAAAAUGAAAGGGAUUAAAAAUUGUUUUCAUGCAUAUGGAAGCAUCUUGUAACUUCCAACUGGACUUAAAUGUGGUUUCUAUGGAAUACUGGUGAUGCUCAUGCCAUAAUGCGUGUGAAAUGGAUGUCUCUGGAUACUUGGCUUUCUGUGCAAGAAUAACAUUGAAAUGGAGUAAUCACAACAACUUUAUGUUAAUUACAGUAUUUUGCUUCUUCUAGUGGAAGGUGGGAGACUUCAAGAUUUGGUAAAAAUAAAUGGACAGUUUGAAAAUAGAAAAUCUUAUUUUUUUUUACCUUAGCACGCAUAGUGCAAUGCAUCUUUCUGUUUGUAUAUCAUCCUCUGCCUUAAUGAAAAAGGUGCAAUUAGUGUUUGUUUUCCAAUGUGGAUUCAGUGGAAAAAGAACAAAACUGUGGUACUAGUGUAGCUUAUUUCAAUGGGAAGAAAUGAGCAGUACUAGAAACACACAGUGCUGUUGAAAUUGAAAGCUGCUUUCUUUCUUGAGCUUUACUGUGAAAUGUGCUAUAAAAGAAAAGAUGUAGUUCACUAUUAAAUUGACCCUGUCUUAUGAAGAAAAUUCUACACUUUUUUCAAAGUGGGACUCAGAUUAUUGUUAGUAUGUAAAAUUUUAAAAAAUACUACUGAGUUCUGCUGCAGUUGGAAUUCACGAGCUCCUUCAAGCUCAGUACAUUGUUCAGUAUAGACCAGAAUUUGUAAACUGCUCAAUCGUGGAAAUUACUCUGUUCAUAAUACUGUAUAAUGAACAUCUGUAAUUUAUAGGAAACAUUUUAAGUCUUCAACAGGACAGUGCAUAUAUAUUGUAACACUGGUACUGUCAUGUUUAAGAAAAAAGUACCUGCUUUUUUAUCUCUU